GGAUAUUGGAUAAGAGGCGGGCAAAUUGAUAAUAUUCCCUCCUAGAUGAAUGCUUCUGGUGAGGACAGGUCGAAUUCAGACUUUUGUAGAGUAUGCCGGUGUGAGGGGACUGCUACCAAACCUCUGUUCCAUCCUUGUUUGUGCACUGGUAGUAUAAAAUAUAUUCAUCAGGAUUGAUCUACUUGAAUUGAUGCAAUUUUGCGUAAAACUGAUCCAUUAGUUGGUCAAAUAUUGCCCAGUGUAUCACAAACCUAAUACUUCAGAUAACAACGCAUACUUGCCGCCUUAUAACGUGUUUAAUGUCCACUCGUUUGGUAACAGUUAACGGCUGAAAAACUUAUUGGUUUCAACGUAGAACUUUGCACAGAGCUGCAACAGUUCGAGUUGCUACACUCCAUUUUACACACAACGCAUUAGAAGAGAGUAAAAAGAGAUUUAAAAGAGAGAUGAUAAAUAGAAAUGAGGCAAAAAAGAAAACAAUACAGAAGAACAAUAGAAUUAAUUUGAUACUUCUUGUUCGUUGGCUUGAAUAUAGUAAAAGAAAUACCUGUGAGUUAUGCAAUCAUCAGUUCACAUUUACGCGAAUUUAUGCCUCCGGAACACCGCGGUUUUUACCACCAACUGUUUUAAUUUGUGGAUUGGCCAAUAGCUUGCGUAGAUUUUUACUAAAUUGGAUUCAUCUGUCAAUUGUUUUCACUGCUUGGCUAGUUGUGGUUCCUUUAUCUGCAUGUCGUAUGUAUCGAUGCCUUUUUACAGGCAGUGUUUUCUCGCUGUUGACGCUCCCAUUAGAUAUGGUUUCUACAAAACACUUACUUCAAGACUGUAUUCAGGGUUUCAUAAUCGUGAUUUUCGCUCUGGCUGCAUUUUUGGGUUAUGUCUCAUUAAGAGAACAACUUCUUCAGGGAGCACCAGCCUGGUUGGAACGUGAUGCUCAUGCAGAAGCGCGCGCUGCUAAUGCUCCUGCAGGUCACGCUGGACAACCUUUCUUUCCGGAUCUCUUCAAUAUUUUUGGCGUAGCAAAUGGUGGCUUAGGAGCUGCAGUUUUUGGUGAAGGAAAUGAAGAUCCUGCUGAACCUCAGGUCUUCAACAAUGAUAUACAACGUGACCGGACGCUACAACAAGAUGAUAUUGUAAAUGCUGAUCCCACUCCAAGUUCAUCUUCCAGUCUAAUCUCCUCUGUUAUGAAUCAAGAAGCACCAGUUGUUGAUGUAUCGGAGUCAUCAACAACAAUAUCCGGAGUAACAGACACUGUCAAUCGUAGAUCAACAUCAACUUCACAACAGUUAGCCUGGUAUGCUGAGGAUCCAGGUAUUAACUUGGGUGGAGACAUUCCAGAUGAAGAAGCUAGAGUGAAUGAUGCAGAAGAUGCCGAUGGUGUAGCAGAAGCAAUGAAUUGGAAACAUUUAUUAGGUUUAGACGGAUCUUUGAAUUUUCUGGAGCAUGUUUUAUGGCUUAUUGCUCUAAACACACUCUUUAUAGUCAUAUUUGCAUUCUGUCCAUAUCAUAUGGGUCAAUUUACUGUCUUGGGCUUCAAUUUGGACCGUUUCAUAAGUGCUACUCACAUGGAAGGCUUCAGUACUAGUUUGAUCGGUUACAUAAUUUUCGCUUGUGCUCUGGUUCUUAUGCACGAAGUGUUUUCCAUCCUCAAUAUGCCCAGGGCUUGUUAUUGGACCGGUCUUGGCUAUGUUUACAUCAAAGUAGCCCUGGUCUCUUUAAUGGAGUUGGGGAUCUUUCCGGUUCUUUCUGGAUUUUGGAUAGAUGCCUGUACUUUAUCUCUUUUCAAUGCAACUGUAACUCAACGAACAAAUGUAUUUCAUUAUGCUCCAGUAGUCUUUACUUUUAUCCAUUGGGCAGUUGGUAUGCUGUAUAUAUUUUAUAUGGCAUCAUUGCUUGUACUCGGUCGAAGCGUACUACGUCCUGGAGUACUACGCUUUAUAUAUCACUUUAAUGAUCCUGAUUACAAGCCUAUUCAGGAUAUGAUUUUUCAACCUUUGCCAGUAUACGUACAGCGUCUAAUUGCGACUUAUUCGGUAUGGGGCAUUUUGAUUGUGCUUAUGUUGUGGAUACCUACAGAAGUGAUUCGACAUUUCAUCCCGAAAUUUUUGCCUUUUCGUAUAAAUGCAGCCUAUGACAGUCCAUGGGAUUAUUCAUUGGAAAUGAUUCUUCUGCAAGUUGUACUUCCAUUCUUAUUAGACGUUCAAGCGAAAGCCAGUCUCCGUCAGUUAUUACGUUGGUGGUGUGUAAGCGUAGCCUGGUUAUUGGGUUUGCGUAGCUACCUAUUGGGAGAUGAGCCUUUUUCAUCUGGGGAUUUUAUUGUAACUGAAAAUGGCAGAGAAGUACCUUUCAAACCUGGACAAUAUCCACGGAAUGAGGCACAGACGUCAAGUAAUCAUGCCAACGAAGAAUUGAAUCCUGUACAUUCAUCGCAAACAUCAAAUAACGAAGCUCAUAAUCUUCAAGCAGAAUUAUAUAGUGUAGUUUCAUCAUGCAAUGAAGGAAAUUCAUCUGCUAGUAAUCCCUCCCAUGAACAUGUACAACCUGAAGUCGAUGCGCAAGAUGAUGGUUACACAGACGAGGAAGAUUUUACACGUUAUGUACCCUACAAAAAAACCAGUUGCCUGAAACUGCGAAUUUUCGGCCUAAUCAUUUUAUUGCUCAGUAGUCUGAUGUCCUUAAGUCUAGCCUUACUGAUUGUACCUGUCGGCGUUGGACGAUUCCUGUUGAAUUUCAGAGGAAAAGAUUCUACAUCAAAGCAUGAUGCGAUUGCUUUAGUUGGUGGCUUUACUGUUCUGGGAAUGAUACUUCGCUUAGCUCCUUGCAUACCUAUCGCUUUCACCGGGUUAUGGCGUAUCAUUACUUUACUUGGACAAUGUAGUAAUCUUAUAUCCUGGUCAAGGCCAUUGCGUGUAUUUAGGAUUUGGACUCGUUUGGGUACGACUUGUGAAAUUACCAUACGAAGACCUGCACUACCAAUGGCUCCUAUGGCUGAUCUUAAUCGGCGUUGUGGAUUUAGAUUUUUCACCGAUACAAAUAUCGGAACAUGUGCCCAAAAUUGUUUUCGCGCUUCAUUGAAUUGGUUACGGCUCUCACUUGUAGCAUCUGUACUACUUGGCAUCCUGCCAAUAGCCUUAGGACUAUUGGUUAACUUUAUUUUCAUUGUGCCGUUCCGCGUUGGAGCCAGAAAAUCUAUUGUAAUUGGAUUCUGGGAGUGAUAGGAUACACGCAAACCAUGCACGUGGUCCUGGGUUGGAUCCCUGAUCGACUUACUCCUAAACCUCGCCAAGCCAGCAAUGAAGGAAUUAAGGCCUGAGGCUAUCAGCUCCGCUGAGCAAAGAAACAAGCGCUACUGCAGCUGGAUCUCCAAACCUAAAGCCUGAAACCCUAUGUUCCACUCGGAACGCAAAGGAAUAAAAUAAUGCUGUAAUGUAGAUUCCUACAUUUUAGUGUUACUUCUGUUUAUAUAUAUAUAUUCUAUAUUUCAGUGCAAAACAUUUAGCGAGAAUACAUGAUAAAUGAUGUAUGUUUCCAGGUCUAAGUGACCAAGUUCUAUGAAAUCCUUAAUCCCCGAUAGGGUUAACUGUACAUUUUGUGUAUAGCCACACCAACUUUGCGAAUUCCAACACGUUUUUUUCCAAAGAUAAUCUUCAUAUCCCCCUAGACUGAUAAACAUAAGGCUUGAAAUGUUGAAACAUGUAUUCACUUCACAAACGUUUUCCUCUCAACUAUACUAAAAAUUGGAUGUUUAAAAAGCACUUCUACCUUUAGGAGGAAAUAGCUCCGAAAUUAACAGAUUCAUUCAUCUGUAUACCACAUGGUUGUGAUAUUUGCAGUUCAGUUUUUCAAAUUUCAUUAAUUCAAGGCGUCAGUCUUCUUAGCAAAUUAAAAUUAGAACUGCUUGUGACCGGCAAAAUUUUGAGCAUUACAAUUAUUUAAGACUUCAUACUAAGAUAUAAAUCAGUCGGUUACUGAAUUACGUGCGUUUUAUGAUCUAGUCAUAUAACCUUUUUAGACAUAAAAAUCGAUCAAGUAGGAAUUAUAUUGCUCGUUUUCUUAUUGUCUGAAUGCAAAUCUGUCAUCUCCUUGAGUAGUUAAAUGCGUCUAUGUGAACUGUUCGAUCUUCGAGAUGCUACAAUACAACGUUGAUGUUGGUCUUUUCUUUUUUUAGCAUUGGAUAUUCGGUAUGAUGCUCUUGAAAGUGUCUAUUUUGCUUAUUCUAAUUGGACCUCCUUGGUGGUUGCGCAAUCGUUUAGAGAUCUUCCACGAUGAAAUCUUACAUCAUCGACAAGAUGUUCGUGCUACUCGUCUACUUUGGGCAAUUGCACCAUUGCUCGUAGCUAUUGGAUUAUCUUUAAGUGUACCUUAUUUGCUAGCGCAUUAUAUUAGUCCACUAUUUGCAUUAGAUAGAAAAGUCGCCUUACGCUAUGUGUAUCCAUCUCUUUUCGUCUUGGCUGUGCUUAUUUUCUUAUGUGCUUUGUGCAUCGACCAGAUACGACGUCUCUACAUACAUAUUAAAGAUGAAAAAUAUUUAGUUGGGAGACAACUAGUGAAUUUUCGUCCACCAUCACCAAGUCAGUCUUUGGUCCCAGCAUCGUCAAUUAGAAGUGAUUGAGAUGUAUGUAUGCUAUACAGAAAGAUAUCUGUAAUCAAUAUCUUCAAUACUUUUUCCACUGACUCAGAUGAUAACAGAGUUUUCAAAUAAAAUGUUUAUGUGCAACUGAGAAUUGGUCUCAUCAGUCAUUUUCUCAUAGUCCAACUUAACUAUAUAACCGCUGAGAAAUUCUUCACAGCACUGAAAGAAAUCCACACACAUUAUUUGCACAGAUGAUAAGAACGCAUACAACACACGUAUAGUUAAAACAAAAAUUCUGUAUUUGAAACUCAAACUUCUGUAAAUUGUUUUCACACUAUUAUU